CAACGCGACACUCGAGCUAAAACGCUCAGCGUGAGAGCCACGCAGCGAUUCGCCGACGCCCCCGCCGAAAAUCAGGACAGAAAGAGAGGGCCAGAGAAAGCGAGAGAGAAAGAGAGGGUGCGAGCGGCGAAGUGGAGCCAACAAUUAGACGCCUUUAGACGCUCCAUAAUGCUAAUGGCGUUGACAGUGCUCAUCAUCAUCGCAACGCGGCCACCGCAAUCGUUUCGUUACCGGGUAGCCGGCAUAACAGUUAACCGUUAACUGAUAACCGCAGACCAUACCGCCACCGCCACCGUCAAUCGCCAAUAGUCAAUCGCCAACCGUCAAUCGCCGCCGUCAAUCGUCCAGCGAAGCGGUACGGUCACGCUCCAAUCGCCGCGUAGCCGCCGCUCCAGUUACAAUUACAGUUUAUCAAUGUCACGCCGACGGAUGCCAACCGCUGGAGCAUCGCAGAUACAACGCUACGUAGCUAUAUAGCUAUAGCUAUCUGAUCGGAAAAACAGUGCAGACCUCGAAUCGGGAAGUUUGAGAGGAGGGAAAGUGAUUCAUUUGUUUUUCCAAUCAACGAAACCCCUACCAAAUGGUCACCUGCGGCCGGCAAACGUUCAACAUGCUGCCCAUGGCGCCGACGAGUCCUUUUGUAAGCAGCAGCUCCUCGGUGGCCGCAUCCUCGACAUCCGUUUCCGCCAGCAGCACCGUUUCCGCCUCCGCGAGCAGCAAGCCCAAGCUGGCCUUCAGCAUCGACUCGAUUGUGGGCGAAUCCUCGACGAGAUCGGCUCCUCUAAGGGUCAGUGUGAUAUCUUCGCCGCCGCCGCGCAGCGAAAGUCCCGCUUCGCCGACGAACACGAACAACAGUGGGCGCCGGACGCCCAGGGGCUAUAUCUACUGCCGCAGAAGGGAUUCGCUGGACCGAUCGCGCAGUCCGCAGAGAUCACCGGUCAGCCGGUCGCCAUCGCCCCCCAAUGCAGGAGGUAAUCCGCCAGCGGCGGGGAAUACUCCAAAGUCCGGGGAUCCAUCGUCGGUAGCGGGAAAUCCUCCAACCCUCAUCCGUCCGUUGCCUCUGCCGGCUCCAAAUCUAGCUUUAAUCGGGAACCGCACCUCACCGAACGCCAUGGCGGUGCGCAUGGCGGGUCCGCCCCACCCGCCGCCGCAGCCACCACCAUUCCUUGCCGCCCAGUUCCAAAUGGCUGCUGCACUGGCUCAUCAUCACCAGCAGCAGCAGCAGCAACAACAGCAACAGCAACUUCCGCCCGUGCCAACUGGACCGCCACAUGGUCCGCAUCCGCAUCUGCCGCCCGGCCAAAUUCCAAUUGGAAUCUUUCCCGGCGGACCGCAUCCCGGACAUCCUCCGCCCCACGGACACCAUCCGUUCGGGAGUGCGCCGCAUCUGAUCCGGGAUAGCUAUCCGCUGUAUCCAUGGCUGCUCAGCCGACACGGACGCAUUUUUCCACGAUUUCCAGGCAAUUUCCUGUUCCAGCCAUUCCGCAAGCCAAAGCGGGUGCGCACCGCCUUCUCGCCGACGCAGCUGCUCAAGCUGGAGCACGCCUUCGAGGGCAACCACUACGUGGUGGGGGCGGAGCGGAAGCAGUUGGCCCAGGGACUCAGCCUGACCGAAACGCAGGUUAAGGUGUGGUUCCAGAACCGACGCACCAAGCACAAGCGGAUGCAGCAGGAGGGCGGCGAUGGCAGCGACACCAAGAGCAACAAGGGCAGCUCCUCCGGCGGCGGAGGCGGCGGCGAUGGGGAGGACGAUGCCAAGCACGAUGGGUCGCAGCACAGCUACGAGGAUGCAGAGGAUCCGGAGGACGAGGACGAGAUCGAGGAGGACGACGAGGACGAAGUGAUCGACAUGGACGACUAUGGCAGCGAAAUGGAUGCGGAGGAGCACCAGCGGCUGCGGGAGCAGUUCCAGCAGCAGUUGGCCCAGCACCAGCAGCAGUUCAUGCAGCAGAAUCCCGGUGAGGUGGCCACCCUCAGUCCGCAGCAGCAGCACCAGUUGCUGCAGCAGCACCAGCAGCAUCUGCAGCAGCAGCACCACCAGCAGCAGCAGCACUUCAUCCAGCAGCAGCAGCUCUAUCUGCGGGAAAGGGAGAGGGAGAGGGAAAGGGAGAGGGAGAGGGAGCGGGAAAAGUCGCGGGAGCGGGAAAAUCAGUAACUAAUAGUUGGCCAUCAACUAUCUCCGCUAUUUUGUGUUCCUUUGAUUUCAUGUAAAUUAUUUGUCAACUGUAUAGCUUAAUUUUAAUUGUUUACUACUUAAAAAAUAAAUAACAAAGCCAAUAAAUAAAAGAAAUAAUACAUCAAA